AUGCAAGCGCUCCGCCAUUGUCUGGUUACAGAGGGAGUACUACAAGCAGUGGAGGACGAGUGGUACCAGGAGGUGAUUCUUGAGCUGAUUGUCAUCCUGAACGCCCCAGCAUACUACACGACGCAGGCCAAGACCUUGCAGAAGAACGAGUUUUGCAAAGUUUUCUACCAGCGCGCCACAGAGGUGUACAACAAGGAACAAGAAUCAACCAGUUCAAGGUCACAACGUGGAUCGGCAAGGAUGCAGUUGUCCAUGGGGGAGCUGAAAGAGUCCCUGGUCAGUUUCAAGAACGUUCUGGUGAUGCAGAGCGACUGUGUGCCCGCUCUCCUGGGGAUGCUGUUAAGUUCAACCAGCAGAAGUGCAAAACGUUAUCGCACUACAAGCUACAAGAGCCAGAGCUUCUACAAUGUCGCGCGCUCGUACCACUACAAGGGCGAGUGGGACCGCGCACAGGCGCUGUACCGCGCGAGCAUGAAGGCGGCCGCGGAGGACUACGUGCAGCCGUACUAUGGGCACGCCCAGAUCUGCCUGCACCGGCAGGACUACGCGGCAGCAAAGCUCGACUUCGAGAAGGUGCUGUCGGUGUACCCCGAGAACCCGGACGCGCUCAAGGCGCUGGGCAGCAUCCACCAGCUGGAGGGCGACACCGCGCGCGCGCUCACCAAUUUCAAGCGGGUCACCGAGAUUAAUCCAAAAGACAUUCAGGCGUGGGUAGAGUUGGGCGAGUUGCUCCUUGCGUCCGACUUCAGCGGCGCGCUGCGCGCCUUCACGACCGCCGUCGCGCUCAUGAACAAGCGCGACGACCCCAUCCCGCCCGCGCUGCUAAACAACAUGGGCGUGCUCUACUUCGAGAAAGGGGAACACGCCCUCGCUCUAGGCGCGUACACCGAGUCUCUCGGUCCGGGGCCUUGGUUCGAUCUGCUCAACGCUCAAGCGGCCCGGGGGGUCGAAGAGGGAUCCCUCGAGAACGGCGAGGUGGCGCCGGAUGGCGCGCUGACGUUGGAUGACGUGGAGCACGUGGAUCUGCCGGCGGACAAGGUCACGACGGUGUACAACUUGGCGCGGGUGUUUGAGCGGGUGCACGAGACGGGGAAAGCGGAGACGCUGUACCGGUUCCUGCUCAAAAAGAUUCCACAGUACAGCGACUGCCUCCUCCGGUUAGCCGCCAUUGCCCAGAACCGGAAGGAUUACGCCGGCGCUCUGAAGCUACGCGGCGAGUGGGGCAAGGCUAAGGAGACGUUUAAAGCCAUCCAGGCGGCCGAGAGUAAUGACGACACCUACUCGGCGCUUGCGCUGGCCAACUGGUACUUGUAUGCUGCGGAGCGGGAUGAGAAGGACAAGGACCCCAAAAUCGAGGCGGAGCUCCUCGGCAAGGCUAAGACCUCGUACCUCAAGAUCCUGCAGCAGCAACCGAGCAACACGUAUGCCGCGCACGGGCUGGGGUGCGUACUGGCGGAGCAGGGGCGGUUCGAGCAGGCGAAAGAAGUGUUCGACCAGGUGCGCGAGGCGGCGGCCGCCAACAGCACCUUCGAGAUGCCCGACGUGCGGGUCAACUCGGCGCACGUGCUGCUCGCGCAGGGGCACUUCCAGAACGCCGUCGAGCUGGUCAGGGUACGGUUAUACCUGAUGCUCAAAGAGAGGGAGUCUGCCAGCGAACUGUACCAGCAGGCCCUAAAACGACAGUUCCACAACACCGACUCGUUUCUCAUGCUGUGCAUCGCAAGGGCGCACUACGAUAUGGAAGACCAGCAGGCUCUCCAGGAGUGCAAGCGCGUGCUUCUGCGCACGAUGCACCAGAGUCCGACCAACUACGCGCUGCGCUUCAACACGGCGGUCACCAUGCAGAAGUUUGCCGUCACUGCGCUGCAAAAGAAGAAGCGGACGGCGGACGAGGUGCGGAAAGCGGUGGCGGAGCUCAAGAGCGCGCUGCGGCUCCUCUCCCAACUGAACGCGUUGGGGGGACACCUGACGCACGGCAUCGACCGCAAAAAGGUGGCCAGCCACAUCGAAUUUUGUAAGGCGACGCUGGAGCGCGCGCGCGCCCACGUGGAGGCUGCAGAGCGAGAGGAGCAGCAGCUGCGCGUCAAGAAGGAGGCGCACGACUUGUACAUGCAGAGGCAGGCCGAGGUCAAGCGGCUCGAGGAGGCGCGACGCGCAGAGGAGGAGCGCAGUCGGCGCGAGAAGGCAAUCAAGGAAGCGGAGGAGCACGAGGAGAAAUUCCGAGCCCUAAUGGCCGAGGUCAGGCCGAACCGCCCGCACGCCGACGUGGACGAGGAAGAGGGGCCGGACGGCGAGCCGCGCGCGGGCAAAAAGGAGAAGCGGAAGCGGGAGAAGAAGGAGCGGACGAAGGGCAAGAAGCGGCGCGGGGACGAGGAGCGGAGCGAGGGCGAGGGGGGGGCCAGCGACGAGGAGCCGGAGUACCGGAGCGAAGGGGAGGACGAAGAAGACGAGAGGCGAGAUUCCGGUUCCGACGCCGAGGAGCAGGAACGGAAACGGCGGAAACAGGAGAAGAAGGAGCGGAAGCGGCAGCGGCGGCUGCAGCGGCAGAAGGACGACGACGGGGAAGAAGAGAAUGGAGCGGAACCGGCGGGAGCGGAUCUUGAAGAAGCGGAAGCGGACCGGAAUGAGCUGGAGGAGGAAGACGGGGAAGAGACGAAGCAGCCCGCCAGGGGGAGGCGGCCGGGAAGAAGGGUUCUCGACAACGACGAAGACGAGGAGGAGGAGGAGGAGGAGGAGCCUCCGGCGCCGGUCGAGGAAACGAACGUGGCAAGCGUUGCUCCGGCGGAACCCAUGGAGGAAGAUGAAGACGAAGACGAAGUGGAUGAUGAGGCGGCGCGGCGAGCGCUCAUUGGAGCGGAUGAUAGCGACGAGGACUAG